AUGGCCUUUCUAACGAGAACGGCGUACACCGGAGAAGAUCCAGACGAAUUUGGAUCAGAACAUGAGCGCAAAUCAUCAAGCAAAUACAGUCGGCUCUCCAGCAUCACACUGUCCAAGCUGAAGGGUGUUCUGGCGAUCCGUCAUUUCCUGCUUCACGACAUUCGUCCAAGAAGGUGUUGUCGACCUCAAGACCAUAAAGUGGCAUCAAGGCUGGAUAUUCUUUUGGCCAAUACUGUUUAUGAUCGUGCUUGUCAGUAUCCUGCAGUCGUCUGCUCACGCCGUCUCUACCAACCCAAUAACGCAUGUCAACCCGACUCUGCCUUCCGUGUAGGCUAUGGCAGCUACGACAUUUGGACAAUCUCCGGCUUCUUCCAAAUAACUCUGGCUUACGGUCAACUGUCUUUCACUGCGGCCAAGAUAAUCACUGUCUGUUGGGAUAUCAUCAUCGGACGUUGCGGUCAAGCAGUGCUGGUAAUUGUGUCCUACCAGGUCUACACCAGGGCAUUGGUGAGGUCCAUGGAAUCAUCGCCGGUGUCGUAUGGGACCUUCGAAGCCGUCACCUUGCAGAAUGGUAGCUUGACCUCCUUGCUCAAACUCAGCCGGGACUUGCUCAAGCACAGAACUGCGAGAGCACGGCUUACUGUAGUGUGGUUGGUGAUCAGUGGCAGCUUUGUCCUCUCCUUCCAGACGCUUGUUAGUGCCAUGGCCGGAUAUACCGCCAAUAUCGAACCCUUUGUUCAAGUCCCCUCAGGGAACAUGGUCCCGUACUCUGACUUUCAAUUAGUCAGAUAUAUUGUACACGACGCCCAUCGACUCAAUGAUUCUCUGGGUCCCGAUUUCCCGGGCGAUCUGACUGGUGAUUAUGUCGACCUUUGCGAGUUGUACCGCCCUGAACCCAUUGGAUUCAACGGCACCAUCACCAGCAAUGUGACAUUAGACUGGUCUUUGACCGCCGAUUGUCAGUUCUACUGGCAUGUUUCUGAUUACGGCAGCAAAUACGGAUUUCUCGGCUUGAAUCAGACCAAAUCUACAUUCAACUAUAACGGAACUCCUAUCGAGCUGAAAUCGCCCAGCCUUAACAUCAGCGCGAUGUUUUGGAAACAAGACUUCCUAGAAUCCCAGUCCCUAGCUUUAAUGUCUCAGGUCCCCUUCUAUGAGUGGCCAUAUGGGUUCGCGUGGACGACCGACUCUGGAGACCGGCCAUUCAACACGUAUAUCGAGCCCACAUUCACCAACGGCGAUGUCAACUAUAACCUUACCGAGAUCAACCUUAACGGCAAAUGCCAGCAAGUCCAGUCAUCUUACAAAUGGGGGUUCUCCUUUUGGUUCUCUUUUCCGUCAUCAUCCUCUUUCUUGUAUGGUCGCUGGGGAUAUUGCAUGCAGGAAGACGUGCGAGCUGACAGCAUUGAGAUGAUGUCCAACCCCGAGCUUCAGAACAAGAUCCGCGGUGGACUUCGCGGAGGCAGGAUCUCCUACCAAAUGCUGGAGGAGAAAAUGCUUCCAAUGAGUCGCGCAACGCAAUUGCGGAGUAACGCGAUGACUCGGGCUGAGAUGUGGUCAUGGUUGAAAGGCCACAAGUAUACCUUCGGCUUCUUUGUGGGUUCAUUAGGCCUGUUGGCUGCUGCGCUUGCAGGGACUCAUGCACCAUUGUUCACGGCUUUCCUCACGGUCGUGGGUGCAGCCGCGGCGACUUUCAUCGGCGAUGUCCACCACGGUCGAUGGCUCGUCUUUUGGGCCUGUGUGAUUCUCGCGGUUGCGCUGAUUUCUGUAGGUCCUUAUGUGUACUUGGACCGGCACCAUUAUACAGUCAUUUGGGCAAACCAGAACGCCUAUUACACAAUUUUGUGGUGGGACAAUGAAUGA